UAUGGCCGCCGAAGCUCCACUCAGCAAUUGACGAGGGUUUUGGGGUUUAUGCUUUCAAUUUUCAGGCCGAUUAUCGUUAUAAUCGCUUAAUCAAUCGUCUUUCUUUCACAAGGAGGGUCCCCUGAGUUGAUUAGAGCAAACCCUUGUUGUAUCUCUGCUGAUGAAGAAGUUGGAAGCUGAAGAUUUUGUUAAUUUGGUCGUUGCUCUCAAGGUUUCUCCACCUACAUGGCCAAGUCUAGUUGCUGGUGUCUUUGUUUUUAUCAGUCUAACCCUUUCAAUUUACCUGCUGUUCGAGCAUCUAUCUGCUUACAAGAAUCCCGAGGAACAGAAAUUUUUGUUCGGCAUUAUACUCAUGGCACCUUGUUAUGCCGUUGAAUCAUUUAUGUCGCUGUUGAAUCCAUCAAUUAGUGUUGAUAUUGGGAUUCUGCGAGAUUGCUAUGAAGCUUUUGCAAUGUAUUGCUUUGGAAGAUAUCUUGUCGCAUGUUUGGGGGGUGAGAACAGGACAAUUGAGUUUCUAGAGAGGGAAGGGCGUGCGGGAUCGAAAACCCCCCUACUAGAGCAAAGUUCUGAACAUGGAACCGUUAAGCAUCUAUUUCCAAUGAAUCUCUUCUUAAAACCAUGGCGAUUGGGUCAGAGGGUUUAUCUAAUCAUCAAAAUUGGAAUUGUACAGUAUAUGAUCAUAAAGGCUGUUACAGCUGUUCUAGCAGUGAUUCUUGAAGCCUUUGAUGUAUAUUGUGAAGGAGACUUCAAAUGGGGGUGUGGGUACCCUUACAUGGCUGUUGUUUUAAAUUUCAGUCAGUCAUGGGCUCUCUAUUGCUUAGUUAUGUUUUAUGAAAUCACGGCGGAUGAGCUGGCACAUAUUCACCCACUGGCCAAGUUUUUAACAUUUAAGUCGAUUGUAUUUUUGACCUGGUGGCAAGGUGUGGCUAUCGCCCUUCUCUAUUCCUUUGGGUUAGUCAGAAGCCCAAUAGCUCAGACAUUACAAUUCAAAUCAAGCAUCCAGGAUUUCAUUAUCUGCAUUGAGAUGGGCAUUGCUUCUGUGGUUCACCUAUAUGUCUUCCCCUCAAAACCAUACGAGCUAAUGGGCGAUCUUUUUAGGGGAAACGUUUCUGUUCUUGGAGACUAUGCAUCUAUCGACUGUCCUAUAGACCCUGACGAGGUUAGGGAUAGUGAGCGCCCUACGAAAUUACGUCUCCCCCAACCUGAUAAUGAUGUCAAGAGUAAAACUGCCAUUAGAGAAAGUGUCCGUGACGUUUUUGUUGGUGGUGGCGAAUACAUUGUUAAUGAUUUGAGGUUCACAAUGACCCAAGCCGUAGAACCUGUAGAGAAGGGGUUCACAAGAUUUAACGAGAAACUUCAUAAGAUCUCGGAAAACAUAAAGAGCAAAAAGGGUAGGAGAAGCAAGGACGAUAGUUGCAUCAUCAAGACUUCACCGACAAAGAGAGUGAUACGUGGAAUCGAUGAUCCCCUUUUGAAUGGAAGCUUUAGUGACAGUGGAGCCACCAAGAAAAAGAGGCAUCGUCGGAAAUCAGGUUACACGAGUGGAGAAAGUGGUGGGGAGAGCAGCAGCAGCGACCAAAUGUACCAGAUUCAUGGGCGUAGAUGGGUUACAAAGGAAUAGCUGGUCGGAUAAAGAAAACUCGAGUGGUUUUUAUAUCUUGUAACUCCGUGCGUGAAAGCUCCUCGAUGUCAUUCUCGUACAUGAAGAUGGAAGAGAGCCUUUUCCGACGGUAAGAAUGAAGUGAUUGUUGAUAAUAUAUAUUUUGCUUGAUGAUAUGGUUUAUGGAA